GCUGAGGUUGAGCAUCAGUCGGUUCUGAAGAAGCUCGGUGCUGCUGCAAGGACCGAACCUCUCACUCGCAGAAAUGUUCACCAGGAUGUUGAAGCUGCGGCUGCUCAACGCCGUGGCUCCCGCCUACUUCUUCUCCGCCACGGCUGCCACCUUUGUCCUCCACUUUGCCUACUUCCUCCCCACAAUCUUCCCAAGCCUGGACACGCCGUCUGGGGGCUCCAUGACGCUCCACACUCUGGUCUUCCUCUUCAUGAUGUUCAACGCUCUGGGCAACUACAUGAUGACCAUCAGGUAUCCCGCCGCCAGCGCCAACGAGCCUGCCGUGCCCGUGUGCUCGCCGCACUGCUCGGACAAGGUGGACGCCCACUACCUGCUGAACGGCCGGCACUUCUGCAAGCUGUGCAAGAAGGUGAUCCUGAAGAGGGACCACCACUGCUUCUUCACCGGGAACUGCAUCGGCAACAAAAACAUGCGCUACUUCAUCAUGUUCUGCAUCUACACGUCCUGCACCUGCAUGUACUCGCUGGUGCUGGGCGUGGCCUACCUGACCGUGGAGUACCAGCUCUCCUUCGAGAACCCCCUCACCUUCCUCACCCUGCUCCCCCUCUCCACGGGAUACUUUUUCAUGGGGUCCAUCUCCGGCCUGCAGCUCUUCCUGGUCCUCAUGCUCUACGUGUGGCUGGGGAUCGGCCUGGUCUGCGCUGGCUUCUGCUGUCAGCAGGUCCUCCUGGUGGCCCGGGGGCAAACCUGGUGCCAGAUGCAGAGAGGACAGCUGGUGGAGAACAGGAACCCCUGGAGGGCCAACCUGAAGGAUGUUUUCGGGAGCCGCUGGCUGCUUGGCCUUAUCCUCCCCGUGCAGACGGUGGAGAGUGACGAUCCUGAUGUUCCCAAACAAGACUGAAGCAGUAGGCGGCUCCACAGAGCGGUUAUCUGUUCUUGUGCCAUAGAAGAUAUUUAGUGAACAUUCCGUACGGACAGGAGCCAUAUGUGAAACUUAUACGCCGCGUCCUGGUUCAUCUAAGGUGUAGACAGUGGGAAGACUGACUCCAGUAGAAUAGUUUAGCUUGUAGACAUUCAACAACCACCGUGACUGAGGAGAUCAAACACUGUCCUUGGAUUGAAAGCCUUCGUAGACUUUUAGGUGCCUUGGGAAGUGGAACCAGUCCAGCCAUACACACGUGGAGUCUGAAUAUUGCGGAAAAUGGGAAUGAGUCAAAACCCCUUUCAAUAUAGAGAGAGGGAGCUGAAUAUAUGUUGAGAGUGGAAGACUUUUGACAGCUUUUGAGUCAACAUAAUGACAGAACAAAUCAUAUAAUACUGAAAUACUUGUCAUAGUGAUGGUAGAUUAUCAUGGUAAUGUGAAAGUGAACGAAAACUACUCGCUACAGACUGAGUCUGAGUCAACUAGAGUGAUACAGUGAGAGAAAAAAAGAGGAAAAUAUGAUCAAUAUUUUGGUGGCAGAUUUCAGUUUCAGGUGAUGCAAGUAGUUCUGGAUGAGACGGCUUGGUUAACUCAGAACCCGCUUUGUAGAUGUGUGAGAAGCAAUAUAAAAAACAAAUGUAUUUUCUGUAUUUAGUGCUGCUGGGAGAUUACCCAUCAUGCUCUGCUCAACGGGAGACGAGGAUAAGGGCUAGCUGACGGAUCCUCGCCACAGCUUGGUUUCCUACUGAGGAGGAGAUGUUGGGGGGCCAAUACAGGGUAUCAACACAACUGUGCCAUAAACCAGGACGUUUUGAUGAUGUUUGUAAGUUACGUUGCUGCUGC